AAUGCUAUCACCUCAUUAGUGACGUUCAAAAUGAUUCGUCUUAAUUAGAUAGUAAGGUACAUAAAACAAUUGACAGCUUGCCAUUCCAUUAAAUUCACUGACAAACAUGGCCACGCUCGGACUUCUGCUUCUAUUCGUGGUUGCUUGUGCUUCAGCACUACCGGCUGACCCGGUUAUCCUGAAGUACGAUGAGAACCGAUACCAGUACAUCCGUGGACCGGAUGGGACCCCACACUUGGAGGAUAUGUGGAUGAAGGCAAGCGACCUCGCUGGAGUAGCCAGAUACAACCCUGACAGGCAAAACGUCUACCAUCUCUUCACCAGAGAAAACCCGACCGUAAGCCAACCACUGCUGGUCGGUAACGAGGGUCUCCUUUCCCUGACCAAUUACGACCGCUCACGUAGAACUGUCAUCCUUCUCCACGGUUGGUUGGACACGGCCACUGCUGACUUCAACGCUGUUCUAGUGCCAGCUUUUCUGGCCGUAGAGGAUGUUAACAUCAUUGUGGUAGACUGGAGCGCUGGCGCUGAUACGGGCGUUUAUAUUUCAGCUGUUGGCAACACUGUUACAUCAGGCGAGAGCGUGGCCCGUUUCGUCAACUGGUUGAACUCAGUCACUGGCGUCACUGCUGAUAGAUACCACAUUGUAGGACUUGGCCUUGGUGGUCACCAAGCUGGUAUUAUUGCCAGGAACGUUGAUGGCGAAAUCGCGUACAUAACUGCACUGGACCCUGCCUCAUACGGAUGGGUUCUCAACAGCAACAAAUUGAGACCAGAAGACAGUCAAUACACCGAAGUGAUCCACACCAACGCAGGUGUCCAGGGCUAUGUAGGAACCUUGGGUGAUGUCGACUUCUAUCCCAACAGUGGUGUUAACAUGCCCGGCUGUAUUACACCUGGUUGCGAUCAUGCCAGGUCAUACUUCUACUUCGCUGAGUCUUUGGUCUCUGGUGGAUUCACUGGUCGUCGCUGUGCCACCACCACCGCCGCUAUGGGUGGAGGGCUCUGCCUUGCGAGUGGAAACUUAAAUUUGGGUGGAAUUGAACCUAAGACUGGAUCUUCUGGAAUUUACUACGUAAGAACCAACUCUCGACCACCGUUCUCAAGAGGAUAAAUAAUUAUAAAUUAAGACGUGGACUGAUAAAAACCAUUAUAUAAAUAAACAAUUUCGUUGUA